CUGUGCGCUGGUUGAGGGGGAUCUAACAUUAUUGAUGGCAGUAUGGAUCUGCAUCAGCCACUGAUCGGUGAUUGCCUCAUUCAUAUCUUUACUUUCCUGACUGAGGAGGAUUUAAUCCGAGCCUCCCAUGUGUGUAAGGGUUGGAAUGAAGCUGCAGAGAGUCCUUGGUUGUGGAGGAGGAUGUGUCUGCAGCGCUGGAGUUUCUGUAACCUUGCUGUCUUGGGCAGUGAACAGGUGAAUCACUCGUGGAAGAGUUACUUCCUCAGACGUUGCCACUUAGAGAUGAAGAUGACCAAAGGCAAGUCAGGAGGUUACACCUGCAAAAGCCUCAGAGGACACACAGGCAGGGUGGUGGGGUUUGUGUACCUGCAGGGAAAUUCAGCUCAGCAUCCUGACAUCUGGAACAGCAGCUCCACGGUGUGCAGCGCCUCUACAGAUGGUACAGUCCGAGCGUGGAACAUCCAAAAUGGUGAACGCCUGUGGUGCAGUCCCGUUCAGAGUCCUUUGACAGCGAUUAUGAGCGAUGAACAGCAUGAAGUUGUGAUCACAGCAGACUCUACAGGCCUCAUCAAGACCUGGCGGGGUCAGACGGGCCAGGAGGUGGCCUCCUUCUCUACUGGAUCUCCACACUGUACAUUACUACAGUACAACAUCAACAACAACUGGUUUCUGACUGUGGGAACCAGUCAGGGUUCUGUGUGCACACUAGCUGACUCAGCUUUGACUAAAAAGUCCAGCGUGAUGGUGUGUGACACCUUCAAAGUCAACACAUUACUCGUUUCACCGGACAAGAAAUGGAUCACUGCUGGAACCAAGGACAAUGAUGAUUUAAGUCCAAAGGUGAUUUACACCGAGAGUUUAACCUCACCGUCUGAGGACGAAGACCCUCUGGUCCAGUCUGUGCCCGUCACUGGGUGCCAGGCCGCUGUCUUCAUACCCACCCAGCCUGCCAGACUGGCCAUCAUCCACCACAACGAGCGGACAAACAACAAAGCCCUCUCUGUCUUUGAUGUCAGCAUUAAAAAGACAAAGUACAAGUCAGAGAUCCAGGUCCAGCAGGUGGAGUCCUUCCCCUUGACGCUGAACCACUGGUCCCCACAAAUCCUUCUAGAGGCCAGAGACAGCAACUGUUUAGUGAUGGCAGCCGGUCAGGAGCUGUGGGUCUACUCUCUGAAAGGAGCUCUACUGGCUAGCUUUAAAGAGCACACUAUGCCCAUCUCCUCUAUAUGUGUGGAUAGCUUUCGUGUGGUGACGGCAUCUCACGACCUCUCCUUACGAGUGCUGACCUGGAGGAAUGACAGGGCCGAAGGGUUGACCCUGGAGAGCCAAUACCACCUCCUGGGAGGCUCUCACACAGUGUCCAGAGGGUUCACUCACGUCGACUGUGACUUCUCCAGCAUUGUGGCCUCGGCAGAAGGGAAUGACGGGAAAGACGUCUUAAAGGCGUAUUCUUUCACCUCCUGAGCCUACAAGCAGCCUGCGCAACCCACCGGAAGGAGGAACGUUUGCUUUUAUUGUGAACUGUUUACAUCAUAUCUGAAGACAUUAGGGUGUUCUUUGGUUUAUCUACAUUAACAGAAAACUGAAAAGGAGAAACGCUAUGUUAUGGGAAAGGUAUUGAUACACUGUGUGAACAAAGUAUGUAAAGGUUAAAGGGGGAUAAUGUUCUUUGUCCACGCUUUUUGAAGGCGUAACGUUUGCAAUAUAUAUUAUGUUAUUCAAUAUGUUAUCUCCACUCACUACUAAGGUAAGAAAAUACAGAGGCAUGUUAGUUAUGUAAUAGUGACAAUAAUCUACAUAGCAUAUGUUUUAUUUAGCCCAAGGAAAUCUUGAAAAAGUUAUUACAUAUU